AUGAGCCUCCGUCUUUGCGGGCUACUCUUCCUCCUGGCGAGCCUAGUGCCUUCAGGAAUCUGCAUAUUUGGAAACGAUGGUGUGGAAGUUCGAACCUGCAUUAAGCUCGAAGGCCUGUGUUUCUUCGGGUGUCCAAUGGGAUGGAAGUGGGUGGCAUACUGCCACAACGUCUUGUCUUGUUGUAUAAGACUCACAGCUUCUAUACCGCCCCAAUCCAGAGAACCAUGGGAAGAUAAACGUGUUGAGACUGAUAAAAUGAAAAAAGUGAAUAGCUCAAAGACCUAA